CUUUACGGUCUUUGGCCGAUUCCUCACCAAUCAACAGGCGUGCAGAUUAUAGCAAUGCAUUCCUAUCUCUACGAGACCUAACGCUGUCUAUUCGGCAACUUUAUUCAACUGCAGCGAGCUGAAAGCAGUUGUUCACCGACAAAUUGCCACGAUGCGCAACGUUGCUUUGUCGCUGCUUGUGUUGAUAGGAUCAGCAUCAACUACGUUCGGAGCAUGGAAGCCCGAGACCUUUCCCAACCCUAUGAAGGAUGUUACCAAGUGUGGGAGACGAGGAGUACCCAGCUGGGUUUGUGACCCUGACGGUGUUAUCCCAUACGAUUCGGCCAACGUCGUGGAAGGGACAUUGAAGAAAAUCUUCGCUGGCGAAGAGCCAUAUGCCCUUGGACCUUGCGGAAGCGCUGGUCCGAAAGGGUUCCAGGUUGCGGUAGCCCUUGUGCGUCGGAUGAGCUUUACUGGAGAUGCUGAAAAAGCUGCGAAGCGCUUUGCCACAGCCCUUCACGAUAGUUGGGGCGUCGGCGAUGCAGCAUGCGGCAAUGGGGUGUUGCUGUUCCUCAGCCAGGAGGAUCGGCAACUCUACAUCUCCACGGGAGCAGGAGCUGAUAAACGCCUUACAUACGAUGUCCUUGGCGAUAUCCUCGACGACGUGCGUCCAUCCUUAAAGAAUUCAAAGUAUGAUGAGGCGGUGGAGCGGGCCGUGGUGGACAUCGGUCUCGCGCUCGCUGGGCGGCCGGUGGAGCCCGAGGGCGAACAGACGUCCGGCUGGGAGGAGGUGACCUCGCUGGGUAUCUUCGCGUCGGUGGCAGGCGGCCUGAUCUGGUGGGCUAGCCGUAUGGAGUCGCGCAAGCGGCGGAGGUACCAGGACUGCAAGUCCAAGCUCGAAAAGCUCAAGCGCGACCAAGCCGCCAUGCGGGCUCGCUCCUACAACCCCACCUCCUGUCCCGUCUGCCUCGAAGACUUUGUCGAUGACAGCAGCAGCAACAACGGUGCCGGCGCAGCAGACGCCUCCAAGCCCGAGGGCAGCCACGUCGACACCGGCAUUGCCACUGCUGCUGCUGCUCCCACUACUGCUGUUGCUCUCGGUCCCGCAACUGCGACGACGAUGAGCAGUACCCCCGCCGGAGCAUGCUGCAGCGGCCACCACCACCUUCCCGCCGGUGCCCCUGCUGCUGCUGGGGCUGCUACACCUGCAGGUGCUGAGACGGAGGCGGAGCUGCUGCAGCCGCUGAUGACCGAGGCAAGCAGCGUUAAUGGUCGCGGUGGCGGUGGCGGUGGUAAUAGCGCGACCGAGACUGCAGCGGCGGGGGCAGCGGCAGCGGCAGCAGGGGGCCAGCAGCAGCCGCAGCCUCCUCGGCGGCCGCUGGUGCUGCCCUGCGGACAUGCGUUCUGCGAGCCCUGCAUCACACAAUGGCUGGAGCAGAAGAAGGUCACCUGCCCCAUCUGCCGCCGCCCCAUCGACGAUGACGACGCCAACACCCACCCCACCUCCCCGCGUCAGCCCCCCAGCGGCACCUCCCGCACCUCCACAACACCCUCCGACAUCAACAACCGCAACAGCAAUAACGACCGCAAUGGCAACAGCAACAACAACGGAACCGGCGCCGGCGGCGCCUCCUCCUCCUCCGGCCCCCGGCCUCCAUGCACCGUCGACGAUGACGAGGAUUACUUUGACGCCACCACCACUGCCACCGCUGGCAGUGACGCGGGUGGCUUCUUUGGCAGUGCCGGCCUGCCGCCGCGGCUGCGGCUGCGGUGGGGGCGCAACCGUUAUUACGGCGGCCGUUGGCAGCAGCACCGGCUAACCGACGAGCUGCUGCUGUCGGAGAUGGUGUUCAGGCUGCGGCAGCUGCAGCGACAGCACCCCGAGUACAUCGAUAACCGGAUGGCGGAGGCAUGGGAGGCAGACCUGCGAAGCGGUCGCGAGCUCAACCCGCAGCAGCUGCGCAGUUUCCAGCUGCUGGACCCCGCCAACCGGAGUGCGCUGGCGGGCAGCGGGCGGUCGGGCGCCUCCAGCGGGUUCGGGGGCGGCAGCAGCAUGGGCGGGGGCGGCAGGGGGGGCAGCUGGUGAGGGAGCGAGCGGGUAUGUGAAGAAAACAUGCCGCGAGUCGGAACGUACUUUGAUUGUGCGGGUGUGUGUGGGGGGUGUUGCGGUGUGGAGAGGGGUGGGAAGAGGAGUGCGCGGGUGCAUGGAGGGAAGGGAAGAAGUUGGUGGGGUGGAAUAGAGCUUUGGUGCAGGCCUGUGGAAGCGGUGGCAGCAGCGGCGAGGAUGAGGAGGAAUGUGGGGUAUGGGUUUGGGUUUAGGAGAGGCGGCUGGUGGUGAUUGGCUUUGGACGUCAGGAAGGACAAGAACACGCUCCUAUGCAACAAGCAGAUGAGACGGGUGCAGCAUGCACGGGGGUAAUGGGGCCAACGGCGAGGUCGUACGUGACGGAGCGAGCUGAUCGUGCCGGCCAGCAGCGGUCACGUGGCUUGAUGGAGCUUUUGCUGUGUGUUGUAAGAGAAGCAUGAGGUGUCAGCAUGACCGCGGAUGUGGUGAGGUUUGCGGCCUGUUAUGGUUGGCUGAUGCGGCUUGUAACUAUGAAAGUGUUG